CAACUGGAGGCCAAUAGAAUCGCUCGCUUGCGUUAUCUUGUUCGCCUCGUCAGUUGUUGUUUCCUCCCUUCCCAUCCCCCACUGCUCAGCAGUCAGUCAGCACUCGCCACCCACACGCCUCCGCUCCGCCCACGGUUCCACUCCAACUCUCCGAUCUCCAGGAAUCCGCGGCUGAGGCGCCGGCGAUGGCGGCUCCCAUGGUCGACGCCGAAUACCUGCGCCAGGUCGACAGGGCGCGCCGCCACCUCCGCGCCCUCAUCUCCAACAAGGGAUGCGCCCCGAUCAUGCUCCGCCUCGCAUGGCAUGAUGCUGGAACUUAUGACCUGAAGACAAAAACUGGUGGUGCAAAUGGUUCGAUUAGAUAUGAAGAAGAGUACACUCAUGGUUCAAAUGCUGGUUUAAAGAUUGCUAUCGAUCUCCUUGAGCCUAUCAAAGCAAAGAAUCCAAAGAUAACAUAUGCAGACCUGUAUCAGCUUGCUGGAGUGGUUGCAGUCGAAGUGACUGGGGGGCCAACUGUUGAAUUUAUUCCUGGCAGACGUGAUUCGUCGGUGUGCCCCCGUGAAGGGCGUCUGCCAGAUGCUAAGAAAGGUGCACCACAUCUGAGGGACAUCUUUUAUCGGAUGGGCUUAUCGGACAAAGAUAUUGUAGCUCUAUCAGGGGGACAUACUCUGGGAAGGGCUCACCCUGAGAGGUCUGGAUUCGAUGGUGCCUGGACAAAGGAGCCUCUUAAGUUUGAUAACUCAUACUUUCUUGAGCUGUUGAAUGAGGAAUCUGAGGGACUUUUAAAGCUCCCAACUGACAAGGCACUGUUAUCAGAUCCUGAAUUUAGGCGCUAUGUGGAGCUCUAUGCAAAGGAUGAAGAUGCGUUCUUCAAAGAUUAUGCUGAAUCACACAAGAAACUCUCUGAGCUUGGCUUCACGCCUCGCAGCACAGCACCAUCCAAAUCAGAUCUUCCAACCGCCGCCGUGCUUGCACAGAGUGCCUUUGGGGUAGCAGUUGCUGCAGCCGUAGUUAUCGCUGGCUACUUGUACGAGGCUUCCAAGAAGGCCAAGUAGAGGGCGAAGUUCUUCUCCACAUGGCUUUGCUUUAGUAAGUCUGAAGAUCGAAUAACAGGACCAUAUCUGAAGAUCGAAUAACGGAUCAUAUAAAUGAGUUACUCGGAAAAUGUUCUGAAAUCCUUACGAACAGAACGUUGCCUUCAUGUUUACACUGUACUCAUGAGUCACAGUGAUAUGGAGAUGGCAUAGCCUACUAUUGGAAGUAUAUGCAUUCUGUGUAAUCUAUGCAUCGGAUUGCAGCUGGAACUUCCGUGGAAAUUGACAGUGAUGUGUCGACAUAGGAACUGCGAUUUGGUUCAAUGAC